AUGGUCCAGUGGAAUUUGGAAUCGAUGUUAAUCAGCGAUCCGUUAAUAAAAAUUAUACCACCAUAUCGGCAUCGGGCUGAAUCGUCGUGUUCGUCAGGAAGUGGAGGUGGUGGUGGUGGUGUUGUCCAACGUGCAGUAACUCCAAAAUUAGGUAUUGGGAGUAUCUGCAGUGGUGAUAACAGCGGUCAAACGUCUUCUACCAGUUCACCCCAUUUUAAUACAUCCGAACUGCUGCAGAAUACAUCGCCAGCAAUCAGUAGUUCCGGCAGUGUCAAAUUAGCAACAACCACAUCAUCCAGCGGGACUGCAACAUCAUUUUCGUCGAGUUUACGAACUGAGGGACCUACAAUGCUUGUAGAUCCCUUAUAUCGGACUUCAUUGCCACCACCAGCAAUUGACAGAGCUAUGUUAAAUGCUGUAAUGUCUCAAUCACUAGCAAUCCAUUCAUUGCAUGAUGAUGCUUGCAGUCCACCGACAUCAAGUGGAAGAUCUUCAACAACUCACAGUACACCUCCGCCGGUUGCUUCAGCAGUCUCAUUGAAGAAAGAUCAGUCGGUCUACGAAUUACCAAGUUCUUCGAACGCAUCUGUCCCUUUAUCUACAAACGUUACACUUUUCGGUGCAUCUGCCCAAAAAAGCGAGUUGUUAUCAACUGGCAUGGAAGAAAAAGAUUUGAACAAUGGCAGUUUAAUAUCUCAACUGGAAAUCAAGUUACAAUCUCGUGCAAAUUAUGUCCCUACUGAUAGUGGUUCAGUUGCAAGUGUCGGAAAUAAAACUCUAAAAAGAAAGGCAGCUGAUGGUAUGGAAAAAUCGAAACGCCCACGUAACAACAAAGCAUGUAAAUCCAUGAAAGCGUUGCUUGAGUCGGUUGGACCUUUGAUCUCGCAAACGGUUUCCGAUUUUCAACGAGAGCGAUUAAAUGAGCGCGAUAGUAAUAUGGCGACUACUGCACCACCUCAUUCAACGACUCCUUCAACUUCCGGAGAACAUGAAAUAAUAACUUGUACAGUUUCGGCAAGCACUUCAGCGGCUCAAUGCACCGUAGUGACGUGUUCUUCGACGUCAAUGCAACAGCAGCAACAACAGUCAGCAACUACAGUAACAACAGCAUCAACAUUUGUUGGUGUACCACUUAUUAGGACACAACCAAAAGCUGUAGUAAGCCCGGAUGCCGGUACGGCGGUUGUAGCGGUAGAUCGGACUCACGUAACGUCAACACUCCCAUCAACAUCUGGUGCAGCUGCAGCUACAUCGCUUUGUUCCGCGUCGCAGCAAUCGGUAGCUUUUCCACAAUCGAUGGAAGAACUGUUAGAACGGCAAUGGGAGCAGGGAUCACACUUCUUGAUGAGUCAUGCACCAUUUGAUAUUGCGCAACUUUUGUCAUGUUUGCACGAGCUGAAAAUGGAAAAUGUUCGUUUGGAAGAAACACUGUCACAGCUUGCUAGGCGGCGAGACCAUCUGCUUGCAUUAAAUACUAGGUUAUCACUAUCUCUCGCAAGCGGUUCUUCGUUGGGUCUUGGUACUAGUCCGCAUCAUUCGCCACGGAUCAGUGCAGUGAGUGGCAGUGGCAAUACUCCGUUAGCAUCAACCAGCAGUAUACAGUCGAACAGUGGCAUCUCAUCGACACAGUGUACAACGCAACCUACCUCCUCCGCUUCCAUCUCAAGUCUCCCAUCGAUUGUACCUCUGCCACCUGCAACAUUAUGUGGACAACAACAACAACAACAACAACAACAACAACAGCAACAGCAAUCCCUUCAAGCAGCUGCUGGUUCUGCGGUCAUUUCUUUUUUGAACCCAUUUUGUUCCACUCUUCCACCUAUUAUCGACGAUUCGCUAAGUCAGUUACGAUCGCUUGCAAGUAACGGAUCAGUGAUUACAAACCGAAGUGGCCAUACACCACAAGCUGCUGUAGCUGCUGCUGCCGCUGCUGCUGCGGUUGCUGCUGCGGGACAAUUGGCUGGUACCACUGGUAACACAGAAAACCGGCAAACAUCUGUAGCUAGUACUACCUGCGGUACUACAUCAAUGCAGCAAGCUUCACUUUCUUCCAAUCGAAUUCCAUCAGCAGCAUCAGCAAAUACGGGCAUAGGUACACCUUUAUUGGCGAACUUCACUAAUACACAACUUACAACAAGUAUCCCAUCGACAGCCGCUGUAACAAAUGCACUGGAUCUGUUUAGUGGAUCACAAAAUAAUCCCCAUUUGUCACUGACUUCUGAGCGGCAACAAAUGGCUGCAGCAGCAAUUGCAGCUGCCGCUGCUGCGAAUGCAUUAGGUGGAAAUUUUGUUGCUCCUAGGACACCGACUCAUUCAAGCACAGCCGUUUCCGGAACAUCUGCUCUAGGACAACUCGCUUCAACGGUAUAUGCUUUCACGGAUAUUUUGUUAAUGAUAGCUAAGAAGAGAAAGAAGAUAUGUUGUAUGCUUGACUUUGUCAUUAUGAUUGUUAUGUUAAAAUGGUUAUCAAAUGUAUGUAUUGAAGGAGUUAUUGGCGCAGUACGCAUUGCUUGCUCAACAGCAGUUACUCCAUCAGCAAGCAGCAGUGGCAGCUUUAAGCGCCAGGUAUGGAAGCCAAGUGAUAUCGAGCAGUUCGACUUCACCGCAUUCCACGUCGUCAAAUUCACAACUUUCAUCAAAUCCUCAUUCGGGGAAAUAGUAGGUGCUCCGAAACUUGUUCUGGCAAGAUUUGUCUUAAUUAGGCUUCUUAAAAUUGAAUUCCGAAAUUGCGGUCAGAAAGUGUGA